AACCACACUGUGAACACAGUGUUCAGCAUCAACUCCCAAAAAUGGAAAUGGAAAAAUUUAAAACAAUGAUGAAAUUCCUCUUCAGUGUUGGGAUCCUUCUUCAAGGAUGUCGCUCCGAUGUCAAAUGUAGAAAUGACGAUGGAACGGAGCUGGACUGGUAUAUUUUGUACAAGUUCCCCUCAAAUGAUUUGAAAUAUCUGUACAUGGAUGAGACCACCAAUGGAUGGAAACUCAGUAACAAGAUGAUUAAGAGUGCCUCUGGUUCCCUGGGCAACACCCUGGAACCACUGCUCGACUUCUACAAAAAAAAGACUGAAGGUUUUGGUUACCUGCUUUACAGUGAUCAGCCACCACCACCAAAGCGUGAUCCUUCUUCAUCAUAUGGUCACAGCAAAGGACUCAUCAUGUUGGACAGAAACACCGGAGUCUGGCUCUCACACAGUACACCAAGAUUUCCGAAAUAUCAAAGUGAUGACUUCUGACCUUCCACUGCAAAUCGUUUUGCUCAAACAUUUAUGUGUGUAACAUUCUCCUAUGAUAAGUUCAAGGAAAUAGGAAAUCAGCUCAAAUACAUCCACGUGUAUUCCUACGACUUUCACCUCCCGAACACAUUUCACAAGGAGCUGCAAUGUGUGACACAGCCACGCUGUUAUCCGACGACCGCACCAUGGUUUCGUUUGCGUAACCUAACUUCGCUCAACAACCAGGAAUUCUUCAGCUUUGCAAAAUACACACGUUUUGGGGAUGAUCUUUACAGUGGCCUCAUUACAACUUAUUUAAAGCAAGAGCUUUAUGCCAAGAGCUGGGGAAAGAUGCGUCGACCUCUGAAAUCCAACUGCAGCGACACUAGGCCUCAUGUGUACAAUGUACAAGUAGUGAAAUUCCCCAGUGGAGUCUCUUUCUCAAAUAAUCAGGAUCACUCAAAGUGGUGUGUGACCAAAUUUGAGGGCUGGGCCUGUAUCGCUGACAUGAACAGGGAAGUGAGUCAGAUGGAAAGGGGAGGAGGUGCAAUUUGCACAACAAAUCAAUCAGUUUGGAAAGCUUUCUUGAAUAUUAUCAUGGAGUAUGAACAUUGUCCAAGUCUGGCCAAUAUAUAUUUAAACAACAAUCACAUCACAGGAUGUGCAGUGUCAAGUAGAUCAAAUUAAAUCAAAUACAUCACCCCACAGAUUUGCUGUUGCAGUUUUCAGUUUUCAUCAUUCAUGACUAAUCUAUAGUCUGUCUGACAUAAUUUACUCUGAUUUAAGGAUUCUUGGAUGCAGAGUUUUUGCAUCUGAACUAAUCCUCUCGGUGUAUUGAAUUGUCUCUUUGCAAAAUGCUUGGAGCCCUGCUAGUUAACAGCAGUGUAUGAUUAAACAUUUUAUUUUGGAAGAUCAGAAUGCAAGGAGUCUCUUUUCUUUAUUUGAUGCUUGACUGUGAAUGACACUUGGCAAUGGUGUGGACCAGAAUUGUUCUGAAAAUGAGUGAGCAACAUAAAAACACCAAAAUGGAAGAUUUGUUUGCAAAACCAAAAUCAUCACUUGUAUGGAAUUAUAACCAAAAUUAUAAUCAAAAUUGUAGAGCUUAAAAUCUAAUCUAUUAUAUUACUAAAUGUAAUCUAUUAUAUUAAGUGUCACUUUGUUGCCACAAUUUUGUUGAGUAACCCUUGGUCACAACUUUUACAGUGUAUCUUGGUUUCUGUUUCAUUGCAGACAGUAUCAACCUAAGAUAUUUCCUUUUUUUUUUUUUUGUGGUCAGUGUAAGUUCUGCAACACAUUCCAAAAAAGUUGGAAUGGGGGGGCAAGUUAUUCUUAAUAUAAUGAUGAAAUCAUUAUAUUAAGAAUCAUUUAUAUCAAUCUUUAAGAAAUACAGACAGUAGGACACUGUAUGGUACUGUUGUUUGAAAAUUAAGUUUGCAUAAACGCUGCAAAUCAACUGAAUGAUUUGAAUUUUAUUAAUGGGAUAUUGUAAUAUGGAUAUCUGAUGGGCUUUUGCUGUUGUUUCAAUAAAAUAUAUAUAAGCAAGUGUGUUUGUGGGCCAGUCAUGAUUGUGUCCUACACAGCUUUAAUGUAUUGCCAUGAAAAGAAUGAUGCUGCUCAGCUAUAUUCCAAAACCACAACAGCAGCACUUGUCAUAGUUCAUACAUCACCACUUUUUUAUACAUUUAUAGCCCACUCACACUCUCUAUGUGAACACGCCAAAAUUUCAACAACCCAAAGGAGUUGACAAAUAUAAAGGUCUUAAUAUAAUCAAUGGGGAGGCAAUAGGUUUGUGCAACACUUUCACAGGAUAAAACUUAAAGGAUUUAUGGCCAAUAAUUUAUUUCAACAAUGGAUGUGAUGCACAUUACAUCAAAACACAGACAGAUCAAGAUGUUAUACCACCUACUCAUGAAGAAAACCCGCUGUGAAGGAUCAAUGAGAUCGAGCUACAGAAUGAGAGACAGGUGCACAGACACACACAAUCAGUUUAACUUUUACUUAUUUAUUUAUUUUA